AUGGUGGACGUCGACAGCAAGCACCAGCAUGCGAAGCCCCACUGGUACGAGCACUACGUCCAGCCCUGCGUGGCCGAGCUGCUGGGCAGCGCGCUCUUCAUCUUCAUCGGCUGCCUCUCCGUGGUGGAGGAUGCCGGGGGCACGGGGCGGCUGCAGCCCGCCCUGGCGCACGGGCUGGCCCUGGGGCUCACCAUCGCCGUCCUGGGCAACAUUAGCGGAGGUCACUUCAACCCGGCCGUGUCCCUGGGCGUGUGGCUGGUCGGCGGGCUGAACAUCACAAUGCUCAUUCCCUACUGGAUCUCCCAGCUCUGCGGAGGGAUAAUAGGAGCCAGCCUGACAAAGGCCGUGACGACGGACGAGCACUAUGCCAACACCACUGGAGGAGCCUUCAGCGGCAUCGCGGCGGAUGAGCAGAUCCCCUCCGUCCUGGUGGGCGAGAUCGUCAUGACCACGUUCCUGGUGCUUGCGGUCUGCAUGGGUGCCAUCAACGAGGAAACCAAGACCCCUCUGGCACCCUUCUGCAUCGGCCUCACGGUCACGGUUGACAUCCUGGCGGGGGGUGCCAUAUCCGGAGCCUGCAUGAACCCUGCCAGAGCCUUCGGGCCGGCUCUGGUAGCAAACUACUGGGACUACCACUGGGUGUACUGGGUAGGGCCCAUGGUCGCUGGGCUCCUUGUCGGUGCGAUGGUGAGGGUCCUGAUCGGUGACCGGACGACCCGCCUGUUCCUGAAGUGA